GCGCGCGGGCGGCGCCGCGUAGGCGGGGGGCUGGGCGCGGGGUGACUGCGGCGGCCAUGUCGCUGCAAGAGGACCCGGUGCAGCGCGAGAUCCACCAGGACUGGGCCAACCGCGAGUACAUCGAAGUGAUCACCAGCUCCAUCAAGAAGAUCGCGGAUUUCCUCAACUCCUUCGACAUGUCCUGCCGCUCCCGGCUCGCUACCCUUAACGAGAAGCUGACCACGCUGGAGCGACGGAUCGAGUACAUCGAGGCCAGGGUAACAAAGGGCGAAACUCUAACCUAACUGCAGGAGGCUGAUGGGGAGCUGAUCUGGAGAAGAUUGUGCGGCUGUGCCAGAAUUGACUGUCAGGCAUCUGAUUUCUUCGUUACUUCUCAUUAUUAACAGGACUUCAGCUUGUUUCUGCCCCCUGCAAUGCAGUAUCCCUGCCUUCAAUACAUGGCUCCAGGGUGACUCCAGAGGAAAUUGAUAAAAUGCAAAUGAGCGUG